AUGAAGAUUUUACUUUCAUUGCUUUUGGCACUGUGCACUGUUCUAUCAGUGCAUGCUGUAGAUGAACAGCUUUGUGAGGGAUCUGGUAAUUGUACCUGCGAUCUUACUAAAUACAAUGAAACAGUGAAACCACCAUGUCUGACUGUUCAGUGCACAAAUGGAGAGAUGGUGAUUUACAUUCCCAAAUGCCAACUGGAAAAGAACCGGUUUAAUACCACCAGCUUGUCACUGUCUAACUACACUGGUCCUGAAUGUGGAAGUCGCAAUUACUUGGUAAACAAAGAAUUUCAAGUCGGCUUCCACAAUCCAUUGAACAUGGCAAAAUGUGGCAACAAUGUAACUGUAAAUUCAACUCAUGUUGUUUAUACCAAUGUCCUGCACAUUUAUGGUAAUCAAUCACCUAAGCUCAUAACUAAAAAUAAUGCCUCUGUCAGCCUUAGCUGUAUCUUCCCCUUGAAGUAUAACGUUCAACUUAACAUACCAUUGAAGCCAAAACUAUCACAAACAGAAAUCACAGUUCCAGGAGUAGAUGGACAAUUGACAGUAACUAUGGCCGUGUUUACAGACCCAGGAUUUACCAUUAUGGCUGAUGAUACAACUACAUUAUAUGUGGAAAUUCUACGAUUAUAUGCCACCCCCGGUGGAAGUGCACCAGAAAAUGGGCUGGUAUUUAACCUAACCAGUGGAUCAGAUGGGUGCCCAGACCCUCAAUAUGGUGAACUCAUUUCUAUACUUAAUAAUGGCAAUGGUUCUGAAGCAAGAUUUACAAUGAAAGUCUUCAAGAUCACUAACCAAGAGUUGGUACAGCUUUAUGCAGAUGUUACAAUCUGCACUUCUAAGUGUCUAUCGAGCUGUACUCAAAGAAUUGGUAAAUCAAACACACCAGCAAACAUGAAAACUUUGACUGUGGAACUCAAUGCUAUAAGCAACCCCAUAUCCGGAGCCACUGAUCGCUUCUCCUUGUCAUGGACCUUGAUAUCACUCAUCUCCUCCCUGCUCUUUGUGAAGUUUAUGUGAAGAAUUUCCCUUCAAGUCUCUAUAGUCGUAAUACAGAAGAAACCUGCUAAGCUAAACCGG